AUGAUAUGUUUAGAAUGUCACACACAGAAACUCUUAAAAUUACUAAGGCGAUAUGCGUUAAUUCUAAUAUAUCAGAUUUGUAAACAACUUACUUCUGACAAUUGGAAAACAGAAAAGUCAGCCGUAGUAGGCUAUGUUCAUCAGAGUAAUAAUCACUUAUACUGCGUAACUGCCGUUUUAUUACCCUGUCAACCCGCGGAUUCUCAUAAAAAUGUGCACGACGUGAAUGCGAAACUAGUACAAGUGUUCGUUCUGAGCAGAGUACUUCAUACAGAAGUACGCUGGCUCUCAAAAGGAAAUAUGCUAGGAAGAUUAUUUGAACUUCGAGACGAAGUGAUGAAAAAGCCCGGUGUUCAUGUUGCAUUGGCUUAUCUCUCAGAUAUUUUCGAAUCUUUAAACACAUUGAGUUUGAAAUUACAAGGUGGAGAGUCAAACAAUUUUUCAUCACGAUGCCAUCAAAGCGUUACUGAUAAGUUUCAACUAUGGAAACGUAAAAUUUUAGCCUGCAAUUAUUCCUGCUUUCCCAGAUUGUUUGGAAUCCUGGAAGAAGCCCGAUUUCAAAACGAUUUUAAGGAUACUGAUACUAAGAAUCCAUUUCACGUUGACAUGGGUGUGUUGCCAGACAGACUACAAGAGGAAGUCGUAGAAAUUAAAAAUGAUUCUGAAGCAAAGUAUGACUUUGAGAAGAUAGAUAAGCCUUUAUUUUGGGUGAAAUAUCUCACGGUGUAUCCCAGCACAGCAGAACAAGCACUUAAACUGUAUUUAUCAUUUUCAAGCACUUAUUUGUGCGAAAGAGCAUUUUCAGCAGUAGUGGCAAUAAAAAAUAAGCUUAGAAGCAAACUCAGUAUUGCCAAUGAUUUACGUUGUGCAGUUUCUACUAUUCAGCCAAGAAUUCAAAAUCUUGUAAAAAAUAUGCAAGCUCAUCCUUCACAUUGA